AUGGAGUCUGAUAGGCAAAUUCAGGCGAAUUUCAAGGUAGACGACUAUGAUUCUUUGGCUUUUCCACCGGGCUAUCGCUUUUGUCCCCGCGACGAUGAGCUCAUCGUUCAUUAUCUCAAGAAGAAAGUCAUGAAUGAACCUUUGCCUUCUAAUGAAAUCAAGGAAGUUAACCUUUGCAUGCACAGUCCUCAACAGCUUUCAGAGACCUAUCCUGUGGUUGGAGAAAAGGAAUGGUAUUUUUUCACUCCAAGGGAUAAAAAAUAUAAAAAUGGAACAAGGCCAAACCGAGCUGCUGGAACAGGCUACUGGAAGGCUACUGGAGCUGACAAACCUAUAAACCACAAUGGUGCAAUAGUUGGGUUCAGGAAAGCCUUGGUUUACUACCAAGGUGAACCUCAGAAAGGUAAAAAGACCAACUGGAUUAUGCACGAAUAUAGAGUGAACGAAUCUCGUGUUGAGAAAAAAGACGGAAAUACCUGGAGGCUCGACAGUUGGGUCUUAUGCAGAAUCUAUCAAAAAGUUGAUAAGUCAUUAAAAACCAUUCGAAGAGAACUGAACUCUCCUCUUAGUAUCAAUGAUCAUGUUGGUAUGGAUUGUGACUAUGAAGGAACAACAGAUUCAAUUGGAACUGAUAACACAUUUGAAGAAAACGUUCAAUUGCUCGAUAUCGCUUAUAAUUCCUCAGAUAUCCCCGUCGAUUCUUCUAUUAAGAAAUUCGCCAAGUUGAACGUUGAUUAUGGUUAUCCUUUCCAGGGCGACGAAGCAAACUUUAACAUGGCACAAGAAAAUUUUACGUGGAGCUAUUUUACGUAUGAUUAUAUGAAUGAUGUUCAAUGGGAUUUUCCGAGUUGGCAAGAAAAUAGCUUGUUGCCAUUGGAUUAA